AUGUCCGAUGGUAGCCAGCUUAUCUAUGGGUCCUCGGGGAUAUUUAUACCCCGCCAAGAGAUUGGCUACAUCCUUGUUGGAGGAGCUGGCUCCCUUGCUUACUGUUCUGUUACCGACCUGCUGUCUGAUUCGAUCCUAUUUGGGCAAACCAGGCUUCAAUCUGCACACUGCAGCUCUGACUCACUCCUACUCCAAGUGGUCAACGGCGCCCACCAUCCGAUGGCUGCAGCUCACCUGCAUGCAGUCCCCCGACCGAUGAUCCACCCGGAUCAUCCCCUUCCCCUCAUUUGUAGUAGCCACAUAAUCUACUCCGUCCCUAUCCUAUACCGUGCCAAUCCUAUACCCUCCCUCGGGACUGCGGCUCUAUCCCUCUAUAUUGCACCGUUGAAAUCCAAACCGCUACGUGGUUCCUCUGUCAAUGUACCCUGUGGAUCAAAUGUCCCCACUGCGGGUACUCCACCGACUUGCCUCGACUCGAAGUCAGGUUACACGGUGGGGACCGUCGCUAUACUUAGUGGGUAUGCGACAGUUGACAGCAAGUGUUUGUCCAUAGUAGUAGAGGGCCGGGUAGUUAGUAUCAUAGCUGGUGUGGAUCAUGGUGAUACGGAAUGGAUGCUGUUCCUGCUAGCUCAUCAUGCCGGUCUGAUUCUGAAACCUGGACAGCAGGGACAGUAUCACACCAUCUGCAGUAACUUCGUAGCAUAUUGCCAGACCGUCUGGACACUUGCUUGUGGGUCAAUGGUUGGAGUAGGCUUGGUGUGUGCGGAUGUUAUACUUUAUUCUGUGUAUUGGGUGGAGAGAGAAGCCAGCAAUGGUAUUGAGGGGGAGAAAUUCGAAGGUUGCGACGAAGAAUAUGCCGUCAAGGCGGGAGAAGCCUACGAGAAGUAA